AUGCCACGAAACCCCGCCGUCAAAAAAGGUCACCACAACAAUCGUCACGAGAAUGGUCUUGUAGGCCCAGGCAAGCGGGUCGCCAAACAGAAGUCAAAUGGCCAACUCAGUGGGAGCGCAAAGGCCCCCACUACUCCUGACGAACCUCUCCCCUCUCCGUCGAAUCCUCAGCUUAUCGAAAGAGAAUCCUCCUCCGUAUCGACUGGUGUGGACCAAGAUGUUGUUGUCGAUCCUUCUAUGAAUGGCGAGGAGUUGCGCUGGAGGAAGAGACAUUCGGAAUCGUCGAGCGAUGGCCAAGAUCAAAAGUGGGAUAAUACGAGCGGUACACUCACAACCACUUCCUCUCGACGACCAGAUGCACUAUCCAAGACCAAAAGCCUCCAGGAUCUGAGCGCUUUGCAGAUCGCCUCUACAAUUCUCACGUCAAAUCCUGCUGGCGAUACAAUUUCGCUGCUCAUUGUUUUGCUGGCACUACCUUCGAUUGUCUUGAUAAUUGUACAAGCUCUGUUCGCCUCUUUGACAUUAAUGCCUCCGUCUAGUGGUGUCUCUCCGGUUCCUUUUCUGACUCUGUUCGACGUCUUCCAGGGCUCGACCGGAUCUCCUUCCCUCGGUACUAUGGCUGUGAUGGAUGUCAUUGUCUUCGCGGUCUGGCUUUGCAUUGGGAGCUGGGCACAAAAUUUUACACUCGAUUUGGCCCAGAUCCAGAUUGCGCUUACGCUGGGCAAUGGGAGUGCGGGCAAGAAUGGCAGCGUUAAUACCAUAUGCUUCUUACUCGUUCUACUUCUGCAUUCAGCGCGCAGUUCGGGUUUGCGGCAUUUUGUUCAUACCAAAGUCGUGCCUGCCGGUGUUCUGAACCAUCCUCUCCUGACACCAUACGCGAAGUUACUACCGAUUGAUUCAGAUUUUGGCCACAGUCCAGGGCCUCCUUCUAAGAUAAAGAGCUUCCUUGCUGUACAUAUCAUUAGUCAAGCCAUCAUCGCAUUUGUUAGAAGCAGACUCGCCGGCACGUCUACGGCCACCAAAACGAGGAGAUCUGAUGCCGAGCCUCAGGCAAGUUCAACCCAAAGUCUCGAUUCCUCGGCUCAGGAUUUGGUCUUCAACACAGCUGCUUCCCCAGGCGACGAUCCGCCACCUCCUACCCCGACUCUCCGGGAAAGCAAAGACAAAGCUCUCAAUGCAAAGAAGCGCCGUCGUCAAGCAGCCCAGGUAAGGAGCCGUCAACCAUUCUGGGCAGCUCUAGCAAGCACAAAAGUACAUGUGUUGCGAGAGGUCGAGCACAACAAAGACAAAGCGAAUUCAACCAACAGUCCCGAAGGCACCAAUCGUGGAGAGAGCGAAGAGUGCGUGUGGAUCACCAAUGUCGAGCCCUCUACGAUUCAGUUUGUGGCAGGUUAUCAUGCCUCGUUACACGAGGACUGUCACCUUAAGGAUGCUGCCACUGUUCGACCGUUCUAUGUCCGUAUCAACAACGCACGGUGGCAUUCGGUAACUAUGGAUCUUGUGCAUGAAGAUUUUUGCGAGAACGAUAAUCCAGCCAAGUGGUUAGGCAGUAUUGGCGGCCUGGCGCCCGACUGCAACUAUAUUUGUUCCUUCCGUCGUGUUGAUGGUGAUAAAGAGAUAGCUUCGAUUAUGGUUAGAACUCCGCCCCUGGCUGAUCGAGAUGCUGUCAACGCGACUGUCCCAGUACCCGUCCGCCAAUCAGCUCGGCCCAACUCACCAACGACUACGCUCAAGACAUCAAUACAGACAGCUGAGCGAUCACGUGAGGAUGCCAAUAACAGACGCAACAAGAUUCGACGAAACCACAGAAAUGCACUUGCCAAACUCGACCGAGAAAUUGAAUCACUUCAAAACAAGCUCAAGUCUGGUAGCGACGAUCACAAGCAAAGACAAAAGCUUCUGCAAGCUGAGAGAAAUGCUCGGCAAUACGAAGAGGCUGUGAGUGCUAUUGGCGUACAAUCGGACGAGCUGGAGACGAUUCCGGAAGAGGAGACAGUUGAGUAUGGUACCAGGAAAGCUGCAUAUGACGAGCGAACCCAGCAAUUGGCAGAGGCGAACGAGUCGCUGGAGAUCCUGAAGAACGAGACCAAUAGCGAACUUGCAAGUACCAAGGCCGAGCUUACGAAUACGACCGCUCGAAAGGAUCGUCUGAUCGCACGCAAUACUAAGCUCUCCGCUGAACAAGAACGACUGACUGAAGCCAACCUCCAGAACUUGAGUGAGAAAGAACGCAAGGCUGUGGAGUCAGUCACACGUGCGAAAGAGCAGGAUCGACAAACAGCAGACUGGCAACGUAGAAUCAACGACAUGAAUGCUCAAUUGAACACUGUCAAGAUGCAAACACAAGCUGUCUUCCGGGAGAUCGAAGAUGCUAUGGCAAAAACGAGUACCGGUCCUCUUACCCCAGAGGGUGAGCUUCCAGGCAUGACUUCUAUCGGAUCCCGAGCCUUCAUGUUCGGCAACAUGCAACCUUCGACCUUCGUCCCGGACCCUCAAGCAUCACCGUUCCACAGUCUGGCAAAGAACAUUGCUAGUGGAGUACGACGUCCUCGCUCUGGCACGAAUCAAUCAACCGGUGGACUUAGUGGGACGUCUGGAGACUUUGAUGACUAUGACCCUAUUCCGCCCUCACAAAGUAGUGCUGAUUUUGACGUUGGUAUGUUCAAUGGACGCAAGAGCAGUGGGUCUAGCAGAGACAAUAACAAUCACAGUCCGGCUAACAUUGGUGUGAUUGGAGGUUCUUUGAGAAGUCCACAACGAGGGUCCAGUAGUCCUGGCCAACUUCAGGGGACGAAUACCUGGUAG